AAACGAAUGCGACAAAUCGCUAAACAAAUCGAAAGAUUGCCAACAGCUGCAUAUUGUCGUUAUUUAGCAGUUGUCGCAGUUAUCCUAAAACAAACACGUACAAACUUGCAAUCGAUGAAAUCUGAGAAACAACCGUCGUGUACAUUGGAAACAGAUUUCGUCAACCACUGGCAGAAAGAAAAGAUUUCCAAGCCGUGUCUUGUCCAUACUGUUCCAGCAUCAUCUCCACAUAUGCAGUUUGUUUCAUUGCUUCGUGAGAUGGACUGUCGCAGACCCCAGAAGGCCAAGAAGCGUAACGUGUUCAAGGGAUCAGUGUUAGUGGAUACACUGUUGGAACAGAAUCAUCGCCGCUUCCGGUCUCGGUUUUCUGCUAUCAAGUUUGCCAAGCGACUCUUUCGAGAAGGUGUCAUCAAAAGUAUUUUUGGGACGCGAUCUUUUGAAGACUCUGCUCAGUUAUAUAUGUGGGAGGACGAUGACAUUGUUCUACGUCGACGUCAUAUGAUGACGUCAUCAGUACCUGUGUACCAGACGUGUAGCAUUCAACGUCAGCAUUUAGGAACACCCGCGAACUUGGAAGGCGACUUUCGGGCCGAAAGGCAGGACAUUAAAAUCAUAGACGACGUCAAGAACAAGAUAAUCAACAGGAGCGAUAAUUUAAACAUCGUGUCGUCAUUCAACAAGUUUUUCCAGGUAGUGGAGAAAGACUUUCCCGAGCGACCUACACCUCCCAUCCACCAAGUGGCUUACAGACAGGCGUACCCCUGGGACUCUAAGCGAGAAAGCACGUGCUCCACAGACAGCUCUAUAGAUACACGGACACGGGACAAAAACCCGAGAUACAUGAACAACGUCAUCAUGGGGAGCACUCGGGGACACAUGCCCAUACCAGAGGAACGUCUGGACGUCCUCUCUGAACGCGCAGACGCUGGGUCCGUCGAUUAUGACGUUACGUCACAGACGGUUCCCGGGACUCUGACAAGCCACGCCUCCUCGGCUGGAACCAUGGAGAGCGAGGGCAGUCAGCGGCGGUGGGCGGAGCCUAGCUACUCGUACUCUGACAACGAGAAGCAGCUGAUCGAGGAGAUGAAGAAGAUGAGGAAGGAGCACCAGAACAUCCUGAGGACGUACGAGGAGCGCAUCAACAAACUGAUGGCCAAGAUGCACGAAUUGAGGAGCAUCGCCGAGAUGUUGGAGAACUCCAGCACCAAGUCCUCGCCGUACGCCGUCCUCCCAGCCAAGGCCAGCUUGCUGAAUAUCAUAGGAACAAAGCUGGAAGAGGAAACCAAGCGAGCGGUCUCGGGCUUGAAGCAGGAUGACGGUCUGCCCCCUCCACUGCCGCCGAGACCGGGGCGGGGCUACAAGGUCUACCCGAACAAACCCAUAAUACACACCACCGUCAGCAUGAAAACACUGCCCUGGUCGAGGAUCAUUAUCACAGAUCCGGGGAUCGAUGGCACCCAGCCGUCGAUAUGGCACAGUAUGCAGGAGCCGACAAUCGACACAGAAGAACUCGAAAAGUUGUUCUGUAAGGCGGCUGAAGGUUCUUCCACGGAGGGCGUCACACUGUUCGACGAUCUCUACUUUCGACGUGGAAGGCCCAAACAACAGCCUGUAUGUAUGUUUGAUGUUGACAAGUCUCAAAGAAUCAAGGCUCAGCUGAAGACCAUCACAUGUCUGCUCACAGAAUUCGUCCAGGUCUUGUCGACGCUGGACUCGGGGAGUCUCAAUAAAGACAGCCUGGCCGAGCUGCUGGACCUUCUGAGUUCACCGAGAGAGACAGACAAGAUUCUGCACUACGUGUCUAGGAAAGGAGCUGGUCACCUGGAUUGUCCUGAAUACCUCGUAUAUGAGCUGUCAAAGGUUGAUCACUUUCGAGAGAGAUUGGAAUUUCUCAGGUUUAAACAUAAACUUCAAAUCAACCUUUUUGAAAUAGAUCAACAGUUGAAGGAACUGAGCACAGCCUGUGAUGAACUCACAAGUAGCACUGCCUUGAAGAAUCUGCUGGGAACUCUGCUGGCGGUGGGCAACUAUCUGAACGGAGGGAGCGAACGCGGCCAGGCAGACGGCUUCCAUAUCGGAAUCGUUAACAAACUAAGGGAGAUAAACGACAAGUCUGGUAAAGGGAACCUUCUGGAGUUCACGCUGCAGAUCUACGUGGAGCGCUACGAGAGGAGCACGGAGCUGGGAUGUCCCACCAGAUUCAGACUCCCCGAACCGUCCAACAUGAGACACGCCGCGCAGGUUUCAUUUGAAGAUAUCAGACGGGCUCUUUCAGAACUUCGGGAGGAACUGUUGUCUGUUCGUGAAAAGGUUAACGCUCUCUCACACAAAGAAAACAACAAUUUGUCACAAGGCCUUCGAGUGACAAGUGAAAACUUCAUGACGAGUGCUCUAGAAGUGGUGUUUGAGGAAGAGAAGACAUUGGAAAACAGCAAGGCCCACUUUGUAAAAACCACAGCGUACUUUCUACAUGAAAACAUGCAGUGCUCGCCUCACGAGUUUUUCCACAUCUGGGCGGAGUUCCUUCACGACUGCAAGUACUACUGGAAGCUAGCUCACCGGAAUCUCGCCAGGCACAAGUUCGAGGUGGACUUCGGUCUCAAGAGUCAGAUGUCGUGUUCGUCAGUGCCUGGCUUCAACUCCGUAAGGAGUGAGAUGCUCAAGCACCUGUCGGCUGUCAGGGACGAUGUUGAGGCGAGUCCGAUGCGAGCCCAGCAGCUGAAGCACAUCAACAACUGGAUAGAGUCGGUCGGGAAAUACACCCAGGAGAUCAAACCACACAAGUCUCACCACAAGAAGGAUGCGGGGAAGAAACACGAACACAGUUCGCACCAAAGACCGAGUUCAGACAAGAAAUCAGACCACAAGUCUGUCUCGUCACAAGUUGUUCGACCAACAUCACCCAAACCCAUUACAUCAACACCUCCAAAUGUUCACAAACCUCUGGCUUUGAAUCACGCUAGUCCAGAAACUGUGAUUAACACUGCACAGCCACUUCAGCAGCAGCAACAACAACAGCAGCAGCAGCAACAUGAAUUACAGCAUCCACAUCAGCAUCAUAGUGCUAGUAUUAGAGGAGUGGUCAAUUACGAGAACCAGGGUCAAACCUAUGAAACUCCAAGACAAACAAAGGCUCCAGUAGGAACUAAUGAAGAGACUUCUAAGAAACCUGCACGACCAGGACAUUCUCCAGAAAAUGAACAGAAAAAGUCCCCUCAGUUUUCUAUAGUUUCGUGGCUGAAACGGGACCAGGGUAAGAAAGUGGUUGAUGAAAGUCCCUCCAAUUCUGUACAGUCCCAUGGUCCAGUGCCUAAUACUAAGCCCUCUGGAAAUCCUUUCGGUAAAAUCAGAACUUCAGUAGUUCAGAAGUUUUCUGCUUCGUCUAGUGUGAAAAGAUCCCAGGACAACCGGACUGAUACUAAUCCUCAGGUCUCGAAAGAUGCAAGAAGCACAAUUCAUAAUGAGAGAGAGUUUGAACUGAUCCAGCAGUCAAUUGAUAAAGAACCACCUCUAGAAACAUCUUCUCCACUUUCGACUCUGAGAAAAGAGCACCGCAGAGAUUACCAGAACUGUUAUUACGACCAUCAUAACCCAGGAGAUCAGAUCUAUUCAUCAGCACCUUCUACGUUAGGCAGUACGUACAGCAAAGACUUAACACCCACGAAAUACGAACUCAGUCGAUCGGUUCGCCAGCGACAGGAUUCAGGAGCAAAGCAGCAAUAUUCUCAUUCCAAGGAAGUGCCCAGCGAUAGUGAUAGGAACAGUAUCACUGCAAAAACAUCCCCACAGAGCCGAGGUCGGGACAGGGCCCCCAUUGCCCUUGGCAGCAACAUGAGUAUUUCUGAGGCUUACGGGAAGAAUGAUCCCGAAAUGCAUAAACAGAAUUAUGAAAAUGAUUUGGCAGAUCCUCGAAAUGUGUUGAGUAACGUGGACACGAAGUGGGUGAAGGCAACAGCUGUCCCCGUGUACAAGGCUAAGCUGAUCCCAAACUACGAGAACCAGAUGAAGAUCGACCCACGUCUGGAAGGCCAAGUGGGAAUCAAGGGUAAAGCGGAACCGGCAGUGUUGACAUCCCACGGUCAUCAUCAAAACUCUACAGCAGCAUCAAAGGAAUACAGAGAACUGUUACAAAGGAAGACAGCUUCUCACAUGCACCAGACGUCAACGACGUCACAGGAAUACCGAGAGAUGCUCCAGAAGACGAGCGAGGUGUACAUGACGGGUGGGUACCAGUCUAUUCAGAACAUCCAGAGACAGACCGAGGAGCAGGGGCAGAUGACGGACAGCAGCAGGCGGAGCCGGAGUAACCAGAAGACUGCGGCCACCAGGAGGAGCGUCAGCGCCGGGAACCUGCCGGACAGACGGUCGGAGAUGGUGCUGCACGGGGAGCCAUCACACCCGGCGCCGGUCUACCCUAAACAGCUGCCAUCCUCCGAUAAAAUGUAUGAAGCCAAGAACAUGAGAGACCGGGGUCCGGGUCCGGCAAACGCUCAUUCCAUCAACUCCCUUAUUGAACGCUUCGAGAAAAGACCGGAAGAUGAAGGGGUAGGAGGAGGAAUGAAUGCAGAUUACGAGUCUCAUUUUCAGAACAAUCCAGUGUCUAUGACGUCAACGCCGGUGAUGCACCGCAAAAACCAACUUCAGACUCAUUCCUUGUACCAGCAUCGGGUAGAUGGGCAGGUUUCGUCCCCAGUCGUGCCUCGCAGGAGUUAUCACCAGACAGAGGUUAUGAGAGGGUCGUUUCAGUAUCAAAGCAGAAGGCAGGAUGACGUCCGACGUCCGACUCACCAGGAUUAUGAGUCUCCGGGUGAUGGAAGCAAAUACCCGGAUUCGUCAAGACCUGCGAACUCGUCUUCGACCAAGGACAGUCAGAAUUACACACAUCAGUCAACACAUUCCUCUCAACAACACCACAAACACCAGGUGCAACAACAACGACAACAACAUCAGUAUGAGCAGCAGCAGCAACAACAGUAUGAACACCACCAUCAAAAACAACAGCAGCAACAACAUCAACAACUUUAUGACAUCAAGGCAUCAAAUGUUCAAAACAAUUACAGCUGUUACGAAUCUCACAACUACGACAACAUGCAAAAUGACUGCAAACCUCCUUCAUCCCAACCACUGCACAAUCAACCACCACCCUCAUCCUCGUCACAGUACUACAGUGGGUAUAAAUCAACACCCCCGGGACCGCCCCCACCGAAACCAGCCCACACAUCACUACACAGUUCUGGACCGGCCCUUACAGAGAACUACUCCGAUCAGCUACGUAAAGCAUUCGCCAAACCGAACUCGGUCUUCGACAGACACUCUAAGCCUAGUUCACAUUUUGGACACCAGGGAUCGCCUGGCGCCAUGGCCGUUGUUAAACCUACGAUCAUUCACCAAGGUGCUGUUGAAAUAUAAUGCUCAGAAAUCGUUUGUGUUUGUGUGUGUGCGUAUGUGUCUGUCAAUGCGUGCGUGCGUGCGUGCGUGUGUGUGUGCGUGCGCGCGCGUGUGUGUGUGUGUGUGUGUGUGUGUGUGUGUGUGUGUGUUUCGUAAUUAAAUGUUAUAUAGUGAUUCCUGGGUACUGUAAUGUGACUGAGUGAUGGCAAUCCUGAUAUCAAACUCAUUCCUGAUUUUGUUCUCGACACGAAGUUUCGCUCAUUGUUAAAUCCGACAAACGACUACCAGUCGCGGAUCCAAGGGUUUGUGUGUGUGGGGGGGGGGGGGGGGGGGGGGGGGGGGGGGGCAAGGCGGGCAACGAACAUGGAAAAGGGUGUUUGAAUAGGUUUUUGUUAAUUUUAUUUUAUUUUUAUCGCCCCUCGACGUUUUACGCAACGCAGGGCCGGACCGAGACAAGAAUAAUUGUGGUGGCAGCAAUAAAAACUCGCAAAACAUUAAUAUAGGAUUCCCGUCCAGCUAGAUACAGAAACCUUUACUGUAGUGUGAAAAACAAAUGGUUAUUAAACAGGACUAGCAAUUCGUGUAAGUGUUUUAUUUUGUUUUGCUUUGUUCCGGGGCUAUGUUUGUGGGUGGAUGGGAUGGGUAGGGUUAGGUUAUCAAUACGCUGCUCACAUGUAAUACCAGUGUGACAUGGACCACAGUCUCUAACAACAACACCAGCUCUCUUACUGCUGAAUAACUAAAGUAUAGUUUCACAAAACUCUUCAACUCCACUAUUCGGGGAAAUAGUUUAAUAAUUAAAUUGUGAAAGGUUUUAUCCAGAAUAAAAAUAAAUCCGCUUAUAAACCAUUGGUAUAUAGAGAAAGUCUUAUAUGUUUAAAACAUAAAGAUUAUAUGUGACUAUUUAUCCAAUAGUUGAUGAUUAAAUAAUAAAUCAGUGUGCUCUAGUGGUAUCGUUAAACAAAACAAACUAACGUUUCCUAAAAUUGACAUUUCAUCACUUAGACACUAGUUUUCAAAAACUUACUAUACUCUCUAUGUUACAUGAUUUGAACAGCACGACUAGGUCAUGGUCAGGCUAAAUAUUAGUCAAUUCAAGCAGUUCAUGGGAGAAGAAAAAUUCUGGUUUGUGGUUAUGAUGUGGCAGUGUCACAGGUCACUCAGGUCAAAGUCGGGGAACCCACAAGUGGCGACGUCUGGUGUUCGAUUAUAAAAAGUGGAACAGGCUGGAAUCCAGUUAAUCCAAUGGUUUCGGCAUGAGUUUGGGGAUGGGAUGGAUUUUUAAAAAUGGGGGGAGGGUGUAGGCGGGGGGUUUUAAGAUUUGUAUUAUUAUUAUUAUUAUUAUUAUUAUUAUUUUGUAUUUUAUUGUUUAAGAUAUGUGCAAUCUUGUAGUAAUUGUAUGCGUGCAUUGUUGUAUGUGCAAAAGUGAGAUGGUAAUAUACGUAUCGUAAAACUGGCGUUACUCUGUCUGUUUUCGUUUGGAAGAUAGUCAAACAUUAACACAGUCGAGCUGACAAGUAACGUUUUUAACUCUGGCCUCGGUAGUUGGUCGUUUAGGGCGACAAAUGACAGGUACGGGGUUCGUAUACCAGCAUCACUUCAACGCAGAUUGAAUCAACCUCUGCGUGGAAGUCAAAGCAGCAGUGUUUUAGAUCACAAUAUACGGCUGUUUUAAUGGUUUUGAAAAUUAAUUUAGUAUUAUUAUUUUCAAUAAAUUUGUGUGGCAGGACAACAAUGAAGAUCUUACAGCCCUCAAGUGGAAGGAACACCGGCGCCACGCCCCCUCACACCUCAGGCGAAUGGUCGGCAUAAAGUGUUUAAUGUUUAGAGAAAAAUGUUUUUACGGAUGAAAAACAAAACCGCAAAUAUAAAUGUAAUUUAUUAUUAAAAUUUGUGUUUUA